CUUCAAUUUUCGACUAUUCCGAGUCGACCGGUUACGCUGUCGUGCGUUCCGAGGCUGUUGCGGUGGUUAUACCAAUCUAGGGAAUAUGGGUAUUAUGGCUCUUGGUUCAAUUGUUACUAGGCUUUCCGGCUACUCACACCUUCCCCUCUGUCGCGACGGAGCUCAGCGGUCACGAUGAGAUCGCAAUAUCUUUGCUCAUUAUACCUGGGCUUUUUUUUCGUCGUUUCCUUCGCAAGUCAGCGCGCAAGUGGAGGGAACGUCAAUGUGACCGUUGACGAUACGGACUUUUUGAUAACCUACUCUCCCCCGGAGGCAUGGUACACAAGGGAUACAGUCUGCUCUUCGUGUCUCAAAGUGGACGUUGGACAAGUCGACGUGUUUGAGAACACAUAUCACGGAGCGGCCCAUCUUUUAUAUUCAGAAGAUCCGGACGACAUGGAGGGUCAGGAUGAAGACAAUGAUUCUGGCAGUCAGAAUGGAAAGGAUGGGAAUACUGGUCGCUCGAAUAAAAAUCCACCCCAGAGAGGUGGAAAUGUCUCUAUCCUCGAUUCCGACACUCGGGACUUCGACGAUACGCCCGUAACUGCGCAGUUCACAUUUAACGGUUCUGCCAUAUACAUCUAUUGUAUUCAGCCCGUAGGCUCCUCGCCAAUCUCACCGACAACGAUGAAUCUUACAUUCACUCUCGAUAAUGAACUGGUCGGCACGUACGUCCAUGAGACCUCAAACACUACGGCAGAGCCUAUUCCCCACUUCAACGUUUUCUCAAAAGAAAAUCUGACGCCAUCUCCUCAUGUCUUGUCGGCGUCCCUUGGUGUCAAUUCCGUUUUUUUAAUCGACUACAUGAUAUACACCAAGAACGACGUCGUGUACCAAGUUUCUGGUUCCCAGACAAGUGGAGUGGAACCCCCAAAAAACCAUGUUGCCACAUUCGAAGGCGCCAUCGGAGGCAGUGUAGGCGUUCUUGCGACACUCGCUCUCUGCAUUUUCUUCAGUAUCUACGCCAGACGUAAGCUUUCAGCUCGACGCGAGCGCCGAGAGCGUGCAGAGAUCGCUGCGACAUCCCCACUCAUGAUAGGUCCGGCGCCGUUCAUGCCUCGAUAUUUCCCCGGAACGGUGCCCCCACCCUACGCCCCCUCCUCAGCAUCAUCCGGGCAUGUCGACAGCACGGCAGAACCGCACAAUUCCCCUGAGACGGAAACGAUGCUUAACUACGCUGAUGUUCCACCGUCCACGCCCCCGCCUCAAGAUCCUCACCCCCCUGGUUUACCGCCUCCCAGCUUCGCUGAGGCUAUAGCCGAUGCGAGAUCCGCGUCAGUGCGAAUACCGAUCCCUGGUGCAGGUUCUACAGAAGCAACGGGCAUAACAUUGCCGUCGGCCAAUUCCGACGCACCCACAUGAACCAGGGCUCCGUCAUUGUAGUAGAUGCGAACACACAAGAAGUGGUGUCAUGCGCAAGUAUGUACUGGUAGUUCCCAAUCACAAUGGCACCAAAGUAUCGGCGGUCCAAUCGUGUUCGACCCAACUCUGAUUGGAUAGGCUUUAAUGGGAUUACGGAAGAUACGUCCGAUCAGUAGCGUUUUGAUCAGGAACACCUCUGCUGACCAGCCGCCAGGAAUGCACCCAAAGCUGCAGCUUGGCUCGAAGCGGUGACCUGAGCCCCGCCUUGGCCCUUCCCAUACCACAGAUUGCUAUACCAUCCCUCUGGCCCAACUGCAUUUUCCAGAACCUUGUCAGCUUGGAGCUUAACGAAUUUUGUGUACUUGGAUCCGGAGUCUUUGCCUGUCAAUUUCAGGAACCAUGCC